CGCUUUCGGACAUGUCGUUUUCCGUGCAGCCAGCGGUGGCCGUACCGUCCUCACACACUGUACACAAACACCUUCCCCUCCCGCCGGUCACCGCCCUGACGCCUCCCCGGACCCUGACACUGGAGGUAACGGGGCGGCGACGGGCCCGCAGCGGAGCACCAUGGCAGAGCGCCUCAUCCACUCGUUUGGGAAUCUGCGGCUGGACGAACGGCGCCCCCAGCGGCAGCAACAGAACAGACCCCCGACUCAGCAGCGCCCCCCGCCCUCCAGGUUCACCAAGCACAUCUACCUGUUGCGGGGUCUCCCGGGCUCCGGCAAGAGCAGCCUGGCCAGGAAGCUGAAGAAAGAAUUCCCCAGCGCUCUUGUGUUUAGCACCGACGACUAUUUUUUAAUGGAAGACGGAAGUUACAUCUACAAUCCGGAUCUACUGCUGGACGCUCACAAGUGGAAUCAGAAGAGAGCACGUAAAGCCAUGAGCAAAGGGAGGACUCCGAUAAUCAUAGAUAACACCAACAUACUGGCCUGGCACAUGAAGCCAUACGCAGUUAUGGCCCUGGAGAAUGGAUAUGGAGUCAUAUUCCUGGAACCUAACACACACUGGAAGUUUGAUGUCAGAGAACUAGCAAGAAGGAAUAGUCAUGGUGUCCCCAGAGAAAAGAUCCAGCGCAUGAAGAACGCCUAUGAGCACGAUGUCACCUUCAAUAUGGUCCUCCACGCAGAAAAGCCAAACUAAAAAUUGUCAUCUGCUUCUGUGAACCCCAUAUAUAUGCUGGAGAAGAAGAACAGAAGAAAGGGGCGAACCAGCAACUGUCAUGAGGUUUGGGGCAUAUCACCUAACCACAGUGUGUAAAAUAUCUCUGCAGCAUUGCUUUUAUCCCUCUUAUUUUAUUAGCUCAAAAACACUUUUAUAUGCAGCCGCUGGCAUGGCCAGGGGUUCGCUAUGCCACGCCUAUACAACAGUGCUGGGACCGCUGUGAUUGACACACAGGUCCCAGCCAUGCGCCCCUUAUCAUAUGUAAGCGCUGACCGACAUUUCUUUACAGAGCGAGCGCUCACUUCAUCUGUCUGACGCCUCUGUGCGCCUUCUCCUCUUCUUCACGCGGGAGACGUGCUGGGCUCUUCUGCAUCCAUUAGAGGUAGAAAGCGCUCACUCUCUGCCUCCAGUAUUGCCCGGGUGCACGGAGGUGUCAGACAGAGCGCUUACAUACGAAAGAUAAGGGGUGCAUACACUGGGACCUAUGUGUCAAUCACACAGCGGUCCCAGCGGUGUUGUAUAGGCGUGGUGGCCAAGGGGCUUAGCGAACCCCUGGCCGCGCUUAUCCUGAUGUCAGUGGCUGCAUAUCAAAGUGUUUUUAAGCUAAUAAAAUCCUUAAUAAGAGGGAUAGAAGUAAGACUGGAGACAUAUUUUACACACCAUACACAUGCACUGUGGUUAGGUUAUAUGCCCCAAACCUCAUGACAGUUGUGCUUUAAAUGACUGAAAACCCAAAACAGCUGGAGACGGAAUAUUCUUUAAUAGUUCUGAUCCCAACAACAAGCAUUCCUUCUAACCAGACAUCAAGGUACGUUAUAAUAGGUCUUACAUUACGCCCUAUGGCUCAGGAGCCCUUCUUUCCAAAAUUGUAAGCACUAGCCAUGGCCGCUGGUACUGUAAGAGCUCCCUGAGUCAUGCUCAUCUACAGAACACAUUGUAGUAAAUAAGACAGCUUCAGAAAUGAUGCAGGAGGUGCGAGAAUCUCAGGCUGUUACUUCUUUAUUUCUGCCUUUGACCCGUUCGCUUUAGGGUACGUUCCCACGUGUGGAUUUGCAGCGUAUUUUACGCUGCAUAUCCGUUGGUGAAGGCAAACUCUUUGCUGUCUUUACAUGUGCCUCCUGGUAGUGGCAAUACGCCACUAUGUGCAGACACACUGCCAUGUACUCGCACAUCGCGGGAGCUCUCUGCCUAGCUCAGAGCAGGGAGAGUGGCUGCGAUGUGCGAGUACGCCGCGCAUAUCACUGCAGUGUGUCUGCUCAUAGCGGAGUAUUGCCGCUACCAGCAGGCACAUGUAAAGACAGCAUAGAGCGGGGCCUUCACCAGCAGAUCCACAGCUAAAUAUGCUGCGAAAAUCCGCGCGUGUGAACGUACCCUUACACUGCAGCUUUAUCAACUGUGUAUAAUCAAUGCCCAAUAUGCCACAAUCUGAGCCGGACGUUUACGCAUGGAGAUCUGACUUCUUUUACAUCAAGGAUAGAAUGAUCAAAAGAUAUAACUAAAUGACCAAUAAGAAAAAUUAACCCCUGCUGCACAUAUACUGAGCCAAGUGAGCCUUCAAAAGCGAACACCAAAUUGUGUGCCCCAUUAUGUUUCUGGGUUGUGUUGCGGCUAUUCUUUUUAUAAAAGGUAUUACUUCUUAUACUUCAGUGUGGCCAUAGAUUUUUAUAGACCCAACUAAGUUUGGUGUGUUACUAUGGUCAUUGCAGCUACACAUAGAAUACCUUUUUAAAAGGCUUAGUGGCAACAGAGCCACAAUAUGUGAUGUUAAGGGGUCCUUAAAGGGGUACUCUAUUGGAAAACUUUUUUUUAAAUCAACUGGUGCCAGAAAGUUAAACAG